AUGACGCACAACUGUGAUGUUCUGAUCGUGGGAGCGGGUCCAGUCGGGGGUGCUCUCGCUCUCGAACUCGCCUUACACGGCGUUUCCUUCCGCAUCAUCGACAAGGAACCAGUGCGGAACGACAAGAGCCGGGCCCUGGUCAUCCAGCCCCGAACGCUCGAGCUGCUGAACCGCCAUGGAGCUGCCGAUACCAUCGUCCAGCGCGGCCGCAUUUUGCACGGCGGCUGCGUGUAUGUCAACAAGAAACUCGCAACAGAAAUGGUCCUUGAUGACCUCGGCACCACCGACACCGAGUUUACCCUGCCGUUGAACGUCUCGCAGGCAGAGACGGAGAAGUUUUUGGACGAAUGUCUAGCCAAGUACGGCGCCAGCGUCGAGCGCCCAGUUACUGCCACCAAGAUUGUGCAGGACAGCACGGGGGUGACCACAACCCUCGAACACGGCGGGCCGGAUGGGAAGACGAUAGAGACGGUGCGGUCCAAGUACAUUGUCGGCUGCGACGGAGCCCACAGUACCGUUCGCCACGCUUCCGACAAGAUGACCUUCCCCGGCGGCUCAUACCCUCAAGACUUCAUCCUCUGCGACACCCACCUGCGGGACUCCAACCUGCGGCAGGACAGGUUCACGCUCAACCUCGGCAACAAGGGCGUCGCUGCAGUUCUGCCGUUCGACGACCAAAUCAUCCGCGUCAUCAUCACACGCGGGGCCCUCAAGACGCCCGAAACAGAGGCGCCGACCCUAGAACAGCUGCAGGAGCACUUCACCGAGCUGACCACCCCCGGGUCCGGGACGCUGUACGAUCCCUUCUGGCUCACCCGAUUCCGCUUGCACCACCGCUGCGUCAACCAGUACCGCGACGGCCGCCUCUUUGUCGCCGGCGAUGCCGCCCAUAUCCACUCGCCCGCCGGAGGGCAGGGCAUGAAUGCGGGCAUCCAAGAUUCCAUCAACCUCGGCUGGAAGCUCGCGCGCGCGCUGGCGUUACAGUCCAACGGAGGCGCCACCGCCGCGGCGGCCGACGCGCUUCUCGAUACGUACAACCUCGAGCGCCGGCCCGUCGGCCUCCAGCUUCUCAAAGGCACCGACCGCCUCUUCUCCUUCCUGUCCUCGCCCAACCGAUGGUCUAUCCUGGUGCGCAAUUUUUUCCUGCGCUACAUUGGCCCGCAUGUGACGCAGAGCCCGGCGCGACGCAAGAUGGCGUUUCACUUCAUGUCGCAGUUCGGCAUCAACUACCGCGGCACCACCCGGUUAGUGGGCGAGGCGAACGCGUGGUUCUGGCGGCCGACGAUCCGAGGCGGAGACCGCUUGCCAGAUGGGAAAGUACAAGCGCAAAAGGGCAAGCAGGAGACGAGUCUGCAGAGGAUCUGUGUUGGCACGCCGCACCAUUUGCUGUUGUUUUCCGGUGGUCGGUCCGGAAAACCGGACGACGUGGCGGUGCUGAGGCAGGCUGCUGACAAGGUUAUCGCAGCGUGUCACACCGAUGUAAAGGUCCACUACAUCAUGGGACUCGAUGAUGAAGGGGCCGCCGCCGAGGAACAUGGCUACACAGACACGAGCGGCGAGUUACACGGCAAGUUUGGGUUUGGAAGUGGCAGUGGCAAAAACCAGAAGAGGACGGCUGGCUACGUGCUCGUGCGGCCUGACGGUUAUAUUGCGCACAUCGGACCCCUGAGCAAGUUGCCCCAGCUGCUGUACUUCCUCCAGGACUACCUUGUGCCCGCACUUAGCAAUCUCUCUUCGGACAUGUUCACCGACCAGCCCAGUCUUAUCCAGGAGUACGAUCCGGACUCCCGGUAUUCCAGUGCCGCACCCUCCACAACCGGCACCAUCCCGCCAACCCCUCUCUUCCUCAUCCACGAUGGCGGCGGCACCAUCUUUUCAUAUCACUGCCUCGGCGACCUCCACCGCACCGUCCACGGCAUCGCCAAUCCCCGCUACGAGACCGGCGAGUCCUGGGCCGGCGGAAUCCCCGAGAUGGCUGCGCUGUACCUAGGGUUCAUUCGCUCCGCCGUCGAGUCGUCGCUUGAGAGCGGAGAUGGCGGUUCCCGGGAUAUCAUCAUCGGAGGCUGGUCGCUGGGCGGGUUGAUUUCAUUGGAGGUGGCAAGGCAGGCCGCAGCAGAGAAAAAAGCCAGGCACUGGGGUGGAUCAAUAGCAGCAACAGGAGAAACGGAGCUCAACAUAAUAGGCAUCGUCAUGGUUGACUCUGUCUGCCCGCUCGUCUCGACGGCACCCCUGAUCCCCGUCGUGCAGCACGCUGUGCAAUGGGGCGAACACACGACGGAUGCUACCAAGGAGCGCGUGUUGGCUUGCUUCCGCGAGGCCUUCCGGACGGUCGGAGAGUGGAAGCUGCCGCAGGCGUGGGAGAAUACCGAGAGGGGCCGGCCGCCGCCUGUGGUGCUGCUGCGGGCGGUCGAGAGAGUACCGGUCCCGGACGAGCAGGGUGUCGCGAGGGUGGAUAUCCAUCGUUUGGAUCGCCGGUUGGGAUGGGGGAAUUAUAGACAGGAUCUGAUUUCCAAGGUCAUUGAUAUUCCUGGGCACCACUUCAAUCUCUUUCAUACCGAGGACAAUCUAGAUUCGACAACGGAGGCUAUCAGGAAAGCCUGUGAGGAAAUCGAAGACUUGGAUGGAGGUGGGAUGUUUGCCUGA